AUGGGGAAUGGCGAUUUUGGCUCGUUCCCAAUCGAGCUGUUGGGGCCUGGCCAUCCAAUGGGGACACAGGACUUGUCCGAUCUGUCCUUAGGCACAUUCGUGUCACCUUUGCUGUCUUGCAACUGUACCGAAGAGGUUUCUGAGUCAAUUCGCACCCUGACUCGUGCGCCCAUGUCACACAGCUUCAUCCGCAGCCUCCGUGUAGGAGUUGACCUGGUCGAAAGGCUGCUGACAUGUCCCGCCUGCUAUGAUGUGACGAAAUCCCCGCGAAUCACUAUUCAGAAUGUCCUUUUCAUCGGCCGUUUAAUGGCUGAAAUCACGUCUGGCUACCAUAGGUAUCUGAGAUGGCUCAAAGGAGCCUGCAAUGCGCUCAGUGAUAGAAAUCAACGCGAAACAGUCUACCUUAUUCCUGGUCUUGAAAUCAGUCCAGUGUUGGGGUUCAAGAUCUCUGGCGAGAAACUCCAGGAUCUUAUCACGAACGGCCUUCAGGCCGAUGCUGAACGAUUGACUGCCCUGGCAAGAAGAUUCGCACUGAGACAACGCGACCGCCACAUGAUUGGCCAUGAAGCAUGUCCGGACGCUGGAGGACACUGCUGGAGAGAGAAAUACGGCGUUGGUCUCGAUCCACUCGAUAUUUGUCCACAGAGUCCCGCGGCGAAAACAUUGACGCCCUGCUAUCGUGUUGUGGAAGAAGUUGCAGCAACAAUCAAGCAAUUUGCAGAUGCUGUUGCGUGA